AAUUACGAGAAAAACGGAAGGAUGUGAGAUCGAGUAAAAUAAGACAAGUUGAAGCGAGCAUUAACUUUAAUAAAUAUAAAUUUGUUGCAGAAGAAAAGGGUGCUUCAUGCCACCAGGUCCAAUGACAAAUUUAUAGAUUUUUUUAUGCUCAAAGUUCAGGAUAAAAAGCGGGCGAGUCAGUGGGCAAGGCAGCAAAAUAUUUUCUUGUGGUGUGGUCAGGUUGAGUUGCAUUCACACCUGAAAGGGAACCCUCCAUUUCAGUCCAUUUUCAGAAUCAUAUCAAUGGAGACUCACAGAUCAGGAGAAAAGGCCAGUAAUAACAAUAAUCACUCAUUUCUGGAUUUCAAUGGAAUACUGCCUGGCCAUUUGGUGGAAUCCAUGGAAGAAUAUGAUGGACUUCUGUUGACAGAUCUCGACUGUGUGACAGAGCAUGGAUGGACCUGCUUUGCCACCGACAACUUGUGGACUUCUCACGACUUGCCUGCAAAGGCAAAUCUUGAGACCCUAGCCAUGGAAAGCCCCUCCGAGCUUGUUCAGUCACAGCAGCCCUAUGUCUUCGGUUCGAGUCCCCAGGGAGGCAAAAGCAGUGGAGAUACUGUCAAAUGUGGAUAUUCUUCUGAGGACACGGAAAAUAUGAAUGAGGAAGAUAAAGGAUCGGUUAAAUCGAGUCAGUCUGCUCGUUCUUCCGAAUGCAGGACUUUGAUCUCUGAGAGAAGACGGCGCGGCCGCCUGAAUGAGAGGCUUUAUGCUCUGCGCGCCCUUGUUCCCAAAAUCACUAAGAUGGAUAAAGCUUCAAUAGUGGGGGACGCAAUCAGCUAUGUGCAGGACUUGCAGAAACAAGUGAAGGACAUUCAGGCUGAGAUCUCGCAGCUUGAAUCUGACGUCAUGCACAAAGAUUCUCCGUUUGUUGACGGAAAUUCAGUGGUGACUGAUGUCGAUCUUGAAAUUCCUUCAUAUGAAAUUAGUAGCAUUAGUAGCACUGUCAAGAAACCAGGCCGAAAAGUAAUUCUCGAACUGGAUGUUUCCAAGGUCGAGGAGAGCAUAUUUCAUUUACGGAUCUACUGCAAGAAAGGGCCAGGCGUGCUCAUUGAUCUGACGAAAGCUCUUGAAUCCCUUCACCUGGAUUUUCAGAAUGCCAAUCUCACGUCAUUUGACGGCCAGAUUAUCAAAUCAGCCAUUAUUAAGAUGAACAAAUUUGGUGCAGAAAUGGACAGCGAAGCAGUGAAACGAAUUAUUUUGGAAGCUGCAGCAAACUACGGUUUUGAAACAGCAUUAAACACAUGAUGUUCAAAAGCUUAAGGAUUCUCUUUGAUUACAUUAUCAAAAACGGAAAGCAAUUUGUAUUUAGUCCUAUUUCCUCAACAAGGAAACUGUGACAUUGUAAAAUUAUAAGUUCUUACACCAUUUUUUAAUCAUGGUGAAUGUAAAGAACAGAAGUUCAUAUCUAGAAUUCCCCUUUUCAGUGGCCAUUGUUAAUGUAAUUUAGCAAGAAAAAUCUCUUUAAAAAGAGAUUUCAUUAUUAUGUACAUAUUGCAUUUAAAUCAUAAAUUUAAUAAAUAACAAAUGUUUUGAAAA